AUGUUUGGCAGCUAUUUUAGCGGGCAGGCGACGACGGCGGAGCGGCUGGCCUACGUCCUGCUCGCGCUGGCCGUGCUCGCCUAUAGCUCUGUGACCAUCGGCGCAGAGCUUGGACUGAUCGCGCCGAGGUGCGACCUGCCAUCUCGCGCCGAGCCUCUCAAGUAUGGCAACCCGGACUAUGUGGAGGACCCAUGCAAGGGUGUGCGUCACUGGAGCCUCCUCGGCUUCACGACCUGGGAGUGCUCCAUCUGCAUGCGCACCAUGUCGGUACUGUGUCUCGGCGCCUGCUGCUACUGCAUCUGCUCGCUCUUCUCCUUUCUCGACGGCCCCAUGGCGUGGGACGCCUCCCGAUCCUCGGCCGCCAUCCCGACUGGAGUCGGCUUCCUCGGCGGUGCGACCAUCUGGAAGGGCAAGAGCUCGUCUUCUGGAAGGGAGGAGAUCCACGGCCUCACCGCCGCGAUCCUCGUCUGGCUGACUGCCGCCGUUGGCAACGCGAUUGGAGGCGCCAUGUACGUGCCCGCCCUAUUCACCACCGCCGCCGCCAUCGUCAUCCUCAACACGAAUGCCAUCGAGUUCAUCACGGCCACCGCCGCGUCGCGCAAGCGGAGCCGCGACUCCAACUCGACCCUGCAGCGCGAGCACCAUAGCGCACUCACGUUGCUCGCGUUGAACCUCAUCACACUCACGGCGUUACGCCCUCCUGGCGCGCUCGCCUACGCCCUCCUCUCGCUCGCCGCCCCCUACCUCGCGCCGCCCUGCGACCGGACGGUCGACCCGUCAAAAUACACGGCAAAGUACUCGAACCCAGUGUACGCCGCCACGUACGACCCGUGCUUCCGCGACCGCCACGCGAUCCUAGGAGGGCUUUCGAGGUUCGAGGCGGACCUCUGCGUCCGCCUGAGCGUUUCCGUUCUCCUCGGCGCGAUUAUCGGCUACGAGCGGAAGCGGAGCGAUCGCGGCGCGCUCUACACCUUUGGAGGCAUCUAUUGCGAGCAGACGGGCCCGUCGUCCUGGGACACUUCGCGCGUGGCCUCAUCGGUCGUCUCGGGCGUCAGCUUCAUCGGAGGCGCGGUGAUUGUUAAGGGCAGCGACAAGAACCCGCACGUCCACGGCCUGACCACAGCCACUUCGGUGUGGCUCUCGGCGGCGCUCGGGCUCAUGGCUGGCGGCGCGCUCUACCCGGUCGGCUUCUUCGCCGCCCUCACCGCAGUCUUCUACUUGCGCUUCGGCCCGCGCUCCUACGGCACGGCGCCGGCGAGCCUCGCGCACAGCAUUUGGGAGGAUCCAAAAGGGGAGGAGGGUCUGAAGUCGUAG